AUGUUAUCCACCAGUUCCAUAUGUUCCCCCCAGUUCCACAAGUUCUCCACCAGAUCCAUAUGUUCUCCACCAGUUCACACGUUCACCACCAGUUCCACACAUUCACCACCAGUUCCACAUGUUCUCCACCAGUUCCACAUGUUCUCCACCAGUUCCACACGUUCACCACCAGUUCCACACAUUCACCACCAGUUCCACAUGUUCUCCACCAGUUCACAUGUUCUCCAUCAUUUCCACAUGUUAUCCACCAGUUCCAUAUGUUCCCACCAGUUCCACAAGUUCUCCACCAGAUCCAUAUGUUUCCACCAGUUCCACGUUCACCACCAGUUCACAUUCACCACCAGUUCAAUUUCUCCCAGUUCCACAUGUUCUCCACCAGUUCCACACGUUACCACCGUUCCACAUUCACCAAGUUCACAUUCUCACAGUUUCCAUGUUCUCACCAGUUCCCGUUCACAGUUCCAAUUCCACCAAUUCCAUGCGUUCACCACCAAUUUCAAACAUUCUCCACCAGUUCCACAUGUUCACCACCAGUUCCACUCGCUCACCACCAGCUCCAUAUGUUCACCACCAGUCCCACACGUUCAUUACCAGUUCCACAUGUUCACCACCACUUCUACAGGUUUACCUCCAGUUACCACACGCUCACCACCAGUUCCACAUGAUCACCACCAGUUCCACACGCUCAUCACCAGUUUCACAAGUUCCCCACCACUUCCAUAUGUACUCCACCAGUUCCACAUGUUCACCACCAGUUCCACACGUUCACCACCAGUUCCACACGUUCACCACCAGUUCCACAAGUUUCCCACCAGUUCCACAUGUUAUCCACUAGUUCCAUAUGUACUCCACUAG